GAGCCGAACAGUCGCGAAGAGGAUAAAAGUAAAAUUAAUAGAUAUUCCUUGCUUCUAGCCGCCUUCCUUCGGCAUGGCUACUCUAGUUUGGGUGGCCACUAUAAACUAUAGGUUAUAAGGUAGGUAAAUAUGUAUAUUUAUUAAUAGAAACGAGACUUGUAUGCACUCCAUAAAUAAAAUAUAUAACAAUAUCUAACAACUGUAUAUCAAAUAUAGAAACAAACUAUACUAUAUGAAUGUUAUGCGAUAUUAGUAUUGAUACUGAAAUUUUAUUAAGCCGUUCUGUGGUGAAGAGGAUAAAAGUAAGUAAAAGGGAUAAUAUUAACAAUAUUGACAUGCUGAACGAAUGAACUUGCAGGACAUGUUUACUGAACUAGGUACUGCAAUGUAAUUUAUUGUACAUGUGAUGAAUUCCUUAAUAUCAAAAUAACCAAAAUAAUAAUCAAUAAGUACAGUAUCUAUCAUUAUCAGUUUCAUCACCAUUCCUGUCAACUUCGAGAGAUAUAAACAAACGCAGGACCCAGACGGCCUGCAACGAAGCUUGUGAUUGGCGCAAAAUAACGUGAACUUAAUCUGUAACCUCAUUGGCUGGUUGUUCCAUAAUUAAGGUGAAGACAUAACAGGUGGUAGCAGUUUAAAUAAUGCUGUCACGAUGGAUCACCACAUUUCUUAAUAGAUGAGUCAGACACCACGAUGGUUGGUGGUAACCCGGUGCUUGAAGUGCGUCAGGCUCUUGAUGGCUUGGGGUAUCGUGAACCUCUUCCUCCCGAUGCCUUUCCUCUCGUCCAGCGUCUCUUCAAUGACCUCUUGUCUUGCAGAAAGGAUCUCAAGGAGACUAAAGAAAACCUCAUACAAACACAAAAGAGAUGUGAUGACGUGUGUGCGAGUGUGGCGCCCUACCAGGAGGAGAACGGUCGCCUCCUGACCCAACUUAAUACCCUGCACAUGGCCAACAUCACGCUCAGGGAACAGAACGACAAGCACAGUAAAGAGCUCCAAAAUGCCUUACAAAAGUUAGAGGAGGAGAACAGGAACCUGCGGUUACUUGCUGGGGAGUAUCAGCGGCAGAAAGAAGAACUUGAGGCUGAAUCCAGUAAGAAAAACGACAAGAUUCUUCAGCUGCAGGAGAAGAACCUCCGGGCAGUUGUCACUACGCCUGGUGGACGGAGAAAGCCGAUACCAUUUCAACGUCAGCGUUUAGAAAUCACUUCUCAUCUUCCAGAAAACAACAUGUCUUCCAGUAACAAGUGUUCAAAGUGUGGGUGUGCUGGUGGGAGUCAGAGUCAACGAAACAACAACAAUGAUGCCUACCUGGCUGAUCUGUUGAGGAUGACAGAUCAGAAGCUGCUGGACCUGCAACAAGAAGUGGAGCGCAGCCAGCGUCAUGCUAAGGAGAAUGAAAACCAGUGUGCAACACUCAAGAAACAGAUUUCAAACAGAGAAGCAGAGAUCAACAGACUGCAGGGAUUGUUGGAGGGAGGACGGACAGUGGCGGCGGUGAUAGAGGACAAUAGAUUACAGGCAGCACAUGCACACCUACACCAGUUACAGCUCCACAAUGAUAUGCUCACCAAGACCAACAUUCAUCUCGAGAGUAAACUUAAAAAUAAUCUUGGAGACACUCAUGAUGCAAUGAAUCGAGCAGUGGAGUUGGCUGAUGUCAACACAGAUCUAACAAAAGAACUUCAUAAUGUAGAAAACACCAAUCGGCUCCUGGAGGAAGACGUUUUUAACACUGCAGAAACUCUCACACAGCGACUAGAUCACACAAAGACCAAACUUUUGAGCUGUAAAGCAGAUUUAGCUGAGCAGCAUCGCUUAUAUCACCUAAUGCGUGAUGAACGUGACCGACUGUAUAAGGAGUUGAUCCACGUUCGCCAUGAUUACUCAAAAUUAACUCACGAUCACACACGACUGGUAACGGAGCGGAUGCCAAUGCUGGAUGAAAACAAGCGGAUGGAAGAUCUUUUACGGAAAGGGCAAGAGGAAAAGAAGACAUUGGUAGAUAAGAUCAAUCGCUUGACUGUAUUAUUACAAGAAACAGAAACCGAUAAACUACGUCUCUCGGUGGAUGGGGAAUCUCUUCGUCAAACAGUUAUUGAACUGAAGGCACAGAAAGAUGCUUUAAACAAAAGUAUUAGUGAGUUGAAGGAGGAAAAAGAAACUGCAGAACAAGGGAAAGCUUUCUAUGCAUCAGAGACGGAGAAGUUGAUGGUACAGAACAAGGAGCAGGAGCAGGAACGUGACUACUACAAGGAGGAGAUGCUCAAGUCUCAGGCUCAGAAGACUAACAUGGAGCAGGAAAGGGACUUCUACAAGAACCAGACUGGAGAGUUGUCAAGAGAGAAACAGUUGGUGGAACAGUCUCGAUCAUACAUGGGUGAUGAUUUGGCAAAACUUCAAGCUCAAUUCAAGCAAAUGCAGCAGGAGAGAAAUUAUUUCAAUGAACAACUGAAUCAGACUCAAGGAGAGAAAAGACAGGCAGAGAGGGAGCGGGAAUACUACAGCGAGCAGGUGAUACAACUGCUGGAUAUCCUCAAAAGCAAACCGUCAUCUACGCCCUCCACUCCCAUGCAGAUUGGGAGGCCACGACCGAAACCCAUUUCUCCGGAAAAUGAGAUAGCACGUUUGACACAUGAACGAGAUGUUCUGAAACAAGAGCGUGACUUCUACAAGAUGCAGUACCAGUCAGUGAAGAGUCAACAGGCAGGAGGUUCUGCAGCUUCCAUAGUAUCUGGUGGUAUGGGAGUUGGUCCACCAGGCACAGGUGUUGGUGCCCCAUCAGCUCUUGGUCCCCUGCCUAUGGGCCCGGCUACUGCAGCUCCUUCAGCAGGCGGGCCAACAACUGUAGGUUCUGUUAGUCCUCCACCCAGGCCACAAUCUGUACCAACAGGGGCUGUUGAUGUGGAAACUGUUAGAAGGGAGAGAGAUUUCUUCAAACAACAAAUGGAGUAUUUCAGACAGCAGUUGAACUUGCAGUUGUCUCGUGGGGCUCCAACUGCUGCUGCUCCUGGUGCUGUUGACACUGACCGUCCCCAGCGCUCUCCUCUCAUCCGGGCAGCAUCAGAAGCAUCACCACUGCAUGAUGUGGACUCUGCAACAUUAAGAAAUGAGAUGAGAGUGUACCAGCAGGAGCGAGAUUUCUUCAGACAACAGUAUGAGAAUCUUAAGGCCAGUCUUGCACAGCCACUUCCUCGGGCCGGAGAAGAAGAAGACAUCAGUAACUUGGUCCGUGAGAGGGAUAUGUUUCAUCAGGAGCGCGACUUCUUCCGGACUCAGUACAACGACAUCUCCCGCAGGAUUGCCCAGAUUACCUCAACCACUCCUUCAGUAUCACAAACCAUCAGGCAGGAAAUGGAAGCUCUCAUGUCAGAGAAGCGGGGGCUAAGCAUAACCAAGGCAGAUCUUGAGGCACAGGUAAGAUCUCUUACUGAGAAGCUGUUGGAAGCUGAACGUGAGAAAAAUGAGAUAGACAGUCACACAAGAGAAUUACACUCAGCCAUUGAGAAGCUUCAGGAUGCAGCCACUCAAAGAUAUCCACCAUCUACCCAGGCCUUCAUCAUGGAAAUUAGGAAGGCACGAGAUGCAGCCAUGGGUGACCUGGAUAAGGUUAAGAAGGAGCGAGAUCACCUGAGGGAGAAACUGAGGGAGGCAACUUCUCAUCAAAUUCGAGAGAAAGCAACUUUAGAGGAAGAAGCAUCUAAUCUCCGUCGCCAAACGGAAGAAGGAGGCCGGACAGUGACGGACUUGCAGCAGCGCCUUCACUCCCAAGCUGCUCUGAUUGCAUCCUUGCAAGAUCAGGUGCAGAACCUGCAGGAAGCCCUUCAACAAGCUCAUGGUGAGCUGGGUCUCCAGGGCAAGCAGUCAGAUGAGAUCAAAAAACUCCUGAAUAGGAAAGUAGGGGAGAUGGGGGAUGCUGAACAUCAGCUUGAGUUCCGUCUUAAUCAAUUGUCAAUGGCUCAGGCUCGGGUCAAGGAGCUGGAGGCUGAGCUAUCAAGAGUAAAUGAAGAACUUGUUGAUGCCAGAGCAGAGGGUUCAACCAUGAGGAAUAAUGUCAGCCGCCUCGAUCAUGAUAAAGAUCGUCUCAGUGCUGAAUUAGACACAAAAACUGAGCAUGUAGCAAACCUGAGGGAAGAACUGCGCAAAAAAGAAGCAUUGAUAGCAACGCUCGAGGGCAACAUAAUGAAACUAGAAGGGAAACUUGAUGCAGCACUUUCGUCGAUUGCAGCAGAGGAGCGGAAGCUGGCGGGUGAGGAGCGACGGGGCCAGCGGCUGGAGCAGGACCUGGCCGAUAUUAUCCUCGCAAGAGAUGCUGCCAACAAAGAGAUCAGGCGACUUCAGAAGGAAAUUACAGGUUUGACCCAAGAUUAUAAGAAGCUCCAGGAGGACCUGGAGAAGUGCCAGGUGUCUAAAGAUAACUUUAAGAAGAAGGCACAGGAGUAUUGCCUAGCCUUAGAAGAACUAACUAAUAUACUCUCCUCAAAAGACUCAGAGCAAUCAUCAUUGAAGAAACAGUAUCUGAACUUAAAUGAGGCUGUAUCAUCUCUCAAGUCUCUGAAUGCUUCCUUAGAGGAGAGCAUCACAUCUAGGGUGGAGGAAAUGACCAAGAUGGAAGCCAUGGUGGCCAAGUUUAAGGAGGAGAGAGAGCAGAUUAUUAGUCAGAUGAUGGAAGCAAGUCAAAAGUGUGAUGAAUUGGAGGAGUCAUGCAGGAAGCUGGAGGAAGAUAAAUACAAUGUGGAGAAGGAGCUUCUCACCACUCGUGACUUGGCACAGAAGCUAGACAUGAAGAGGGGUCAGGCUGAGGGUGAGGUGGCUAGGCUCAACACUAGCCUUGAGAAGGUGUUGGAGCAGAAACGGUCCCUAGAGCAGAGAUUAGAUGGUAUUAGCUGUCAACUGAACACUGAGCGCUCAAAUGCCAGGUCACUGGAGGAGGUUCUUAACGAGAAGCGUCGAGCUGAGUGGUCAUCCCAGGCCAGCAACAAGCAAUUAGAGGUAGAAAAACACCAGUUGCAGAGAAAGGUCACAGAACUUCAAGAGCAACUAGAAGAUGAAACAAAUGAGACCAAGAGAUUCCGGACCAGAGCAGCACAGUUGGAGAGUGACGUAGAAAGGAUGCGUCGUGAACUGACCGAUGAACGAUUUGAGAGAGAACGGACAACACAGGAACUACGGCGGGUUCGAACAUUGCUCAUAUAAGAUCAGUGCAAGUGUUAAGGUGAACUGGAACUUUUCCCAAUGAAACUAUUGUGCUUAUCGUAACUUGUGAAAUAAUACAAACAACUGUACCCUUAUAACACAGUGUUUGUUCAGAAAAAAAAAGCUGUGUUUUAGCUUUUAUUGAAAAGGUGAGAAAGUAUAAUAAUUCUUGAAGGCUGAUGAUACUGUGAGUUGUAUUCAUGUGCUCUAUGGUACUGAGAAGUUUUGAACAGGUGGUGUAAGGAGUGUUGUAGGAUGAAGAGCUCUUGGUCAUGCUCAUUAUUUUUCUUGAACUACUGCACUAAGAAAUGGGUGGCCUUAAAAUCAGAUAAGCUGGACUUAUUUAAUUUACACAAGGUCACAAUAAACUUUUAAAAAUACUUAUCCUUAAAGAUUUUAAUAUAAAAAGGGAUAGUAUUUUCUAGCUUUAAAAGUUUAUUUACAAAUUGUUGAAAUUUUUACAGGAAAAAACUGUAAUAUUUGUAUAUUUUAAUAAUUGUAUUCACAAUUUUUAAUCCUUUUGAUACAGGGUAUACUAUAGAAUGUCCAAGGCAGGCAGUACAAUAUCCAUGGGAUGCAUUGUGGCAUCAUGCCCCAUACACGUAAUACGUACAAGUUGCUUGACGUUGAAUAUUUUGCGAAUUGUGAUACCCCCACAUGCCUAUGAACAAUUUCUGGCCUCAUCCACCAUAUUCAUAGUCAGUCAUCAUUAUUAUCCCACCCAAUUUGACCUAUGAGUAAAAACCGUAAAGCAUAAUAUUAUUAGUGCUGUACUGUAUGUUACUGAUGGACCUCUUUGACUUGACAGUUCCUCACCAGUGAUUUACUAUUACUUCAGAUUUACCUCCAUCCCAACACCCUACACCUCAUCAGUUGUUACCGGUAUGUAAGUGUCACUGUGUUAGGAUACUGGGAAUGACCAUAAUCUUUCUUUAGUGUUGAGUACAGCAAUUCAAUUUUGGGUGUUUUUAGUGUACAUUUUAACACAAAGCAAUGCAUCCUGGAUAGCGCAUUGACAGUUGGGAGUCAACCCUGCAGCCAAGAUGGUAACCAAAUACUGUACCAGUAGGUCAAGUGUUGCCCAGUCUUGUAGCACUUGUUUUACCCCACAAGGGGAGUUCCUGGAGAAAUUAGGCAACUGGGAUACAAAGACAUGAAAGUUGACUGUAGGAGACAAAUAUUACCAGCAACUUCAGUAGAAAGAACUUUUUCUUCUACAAAUAAGAGUAAUGUUUGUCUUUACAUACUGAUAAAGUCCAGUCAUAGAGGAUCAGUUGAAGAAAAUCAUAUGCUUUCUGUAGAGCAUAAUUUGGAGCAUGUUUACUCAAAAGUUCAGUAAUGAAACUGGUAUUUAUCAAAAGUAAAUUAUUAAUGUGAAAUAUUUUAUCUGAACUAUUCUAAAUUUACUGCAGAUAUAACACCUUGCUCUUGUUCUUUAAGUUAAUCCCACUGAAGAUCCAUUUGGUAGUCUACAUUACUACACAUUGGCAAAGUUUUCAUUGCCAUAAGAUCACAUUUCUCUCUCUCUCUCUCUCUCUCUCUGGCAAAUUCUUUACUACCUUUCAAUUUUGAUGAUUAGGUCCAACUCUGCAACAGCCUUCAGUAGUUUUUUUUAAUUACCACAGACCUUAAAAGAUCACUAUUUUCCAUCUCUGAUUUCUUGUCCCCACUUCAGUGACAUUAUUAUGUAAAAUCUUCUUUGGGUAUUUCAGCCACUGACCAUCUCCAAAGCUUUAUGUGUUAAAGACUUAAGCAACACUUGAAACAUCUGGUGACGAUUUACAUGCUGGUUUGGUGAACCCUUGGAGGAAGCAAUUGCCUCUUGCUUUUAAAUGGUUUUGCUUUUCUAUGUAUGUUUAGUUGUUUUCAUUUUUUGUAGUGUUUGUUUUUUGUUUUCAUUUCAUUGUAUUCCAAUGGUUUUGUUUUCCAUUAGUUUGUACACUCUCCCAAAAAUUAUUGGUCCCCUUGGGCCUGAUGAAUUUGGAAAUGAACACAAUAACACAUGCACAGCAGUUUUGGUUUGGUUGGUAUUUCUGAGUCCGAGUUGCUCCUCUCAUUCUUUCUUCUUGCACCUGAUAAUCACCAUGAUAUCUGCAGUAUACCACCUAUUCUCUACAUAAUGUAAUGAAAUAGGAUGAAUUGUGAUACCAUAUGCAAAACCAAUGACGUCAUGAGUAACCCGCUGAUUUAUGCACCUUAGAUACUACUUCAGCCCCAGGGAAUGAGUUGCCAAAUAGGCAUAUAAUGUUAUUAUGUUUUCACGAACUGAAGUUAUAGUGGAAUCGCUUCGAACGAAAUAUGAAACUAUGAUCCAGUAUUACAUUCAUUUGCACAUAUAGUAUUUACAAUUGUAUACUAUGAUGCCAUAUCCAAUUACAAUGACAUUAUGAUUUACUGCAAAUAGAUAUUAUUUCUACCUCGAUUGAUGAGGUAACAAUUAUGAAUAUAACGUAUCAUCUCAUGAUUCGUGCUGGCAACAGAACAUAUCUGAUACACACUACGAGAUGACGUCUGUCGGUGCGAGCUGUGUUUUCCAGUGAGUCUCAGAUACUAGUGUUGGUCAUGGAUUUACAGCAGAAAACGCCCACUGUUUGACUGCCGUUGAUAUAUUUUCGCGACAUUAAUAUCAUUAUAUUAUUUGACUAAAGAUGUAGCACGGUGAUUCACCACAAUUACAACAAAUGCCAGAAAUAAUAACUGGCAGUCUCACAGAUACUAGGAAGGCAGGCCUACCAACAUAAAGCAGGAAUCACAAUUAGUGAUCGGAAAUAUUUGUCCAGUGUGACACAUUGUAUCGAUGAGAAAAGGGGCCGAUACCUUUGGGGGAAACUGUAUAUGUCACUGUUUUUCUUUAGUCUUUACUUUCCAGUUUUAUUGUACUUCCCUUCAUUUAACUUUUGUCAUGGUUUUGGUUGUAUCCGUGGUAGUAGGAGUGGAUUAUGUUAUAUAAAGAUAAUAAUAUGUCGUAUUUCUUAUUUCUUACCGUAGAGUUUGAUACCU